GUUCCCUGCCUGACUACCCUCCCCAUCCUUAGUUCAUUCAUAAAGAUCUGCAGUCCCUCCUCCUGCCAGCACAACCAGGUCUUCUCACGCAUCUAUCCGGCUAGAUGCCAGCCUCCGCAAAGGGGGACAACCCCCUGCUAUAGCUGGGGAGGGGGGCACUAUCCAUCAUCCCCCCUCCAAACACACAGCGACCCUGGGCUGUACAUCCAUUCCUUGAAAGGAGAUGCUGGGCAAAGUGAAUCGAUGGCUGGUGAUCUUCGCAGCCCUUCUGGCAACAGGAGCCAGCUGGGAAGCAGACACUCUCUGCCCCGCCAGGUACAAGCUCAACUGCCUCCUCCGUCGACGUUUGGGGUGCGGGCCUGAUGGGGCGCCCACCUGCGGACCCUGUUUCCCCAAUUAUGAGGAAGAUUCUGGUGGUGAUUGUGUGCCAAAGAAAGUUCCUAAGCACGAAAGCAAAGCAAAGACCCAGAAGAGGCCGAAAGACUUGCCCGGUCUCAUCCGUUCUCUCCUGGCCAAGCAUGAGAAGGGGCUGCGACCACCAAGCAUAGAGCCCACUUUGUUUGAGAGCACAGAGGGGUUUGAACCUGCCACCUCCCCCACUCCUUUCCCCACCUCUCUCCCUACGGAUGUCUCCUCUGCUGCAAGCACCAUCCCAGUUUCUUCCGAGUCUUAUGAAAGCACAACAGUCCCGGCCACCACACCUCCACGGAUAGUGAAAGUGGAUUUCAAGGAAAGGUCCCGUCCCCCAGUGACUAACCUGAACAAAGCUGUGACCCUGACUCUUGUGGUGAUGUGCACAGUGACUGGGGUGUCUGGACUUGUGGUAGCUGCCAUUUGUUGGUACAGGUUACAGAAAGAGGUACACUUGGCUCAGAAGAUCGCAUACACAGCCAAUCGGGGAAACCAGUACCGGUACCAUCAGCCCAGUGCAUACAUGGACUCUAGACUAGCUCAGUCUUGCCAGGUUCACCACUAUCAACAUCAGAAGAAACUUCUCACCAGUGAAGAUAGAGAACCUCCCAAACCAGUAGAGCAGAUCUCGACAGAAUCAGAAAAUGAAAAUGGAGAUUACACUGUAUAUGAAUGUCCUGGACUGGCCCCGAGUGGAGAAAUGGAGAUCCACAACCCACUCUUUGACACCACAACCCUGCACCGAUGCCCUCCCUAAGCGCAUAUCCUCUCUUCUCCGUCUCCGUUUUCUCUCUUUCCUCCCCCUUCUUUCCUCAUCCACCUCUCUACCUCCUAGAUUGAUGCAAGGAGGAUUUACGUCUACCCAUUGGGUGCUGUUUCUCUAUUUUGUUCCAGGGGAAUGAAUUUCCUAUAUACCUGUAUCACUAAAUCAUCCAUUGCCAUUGUAUCAUUCCGCUCUAAUCCUAUGGAAACUAAUUCAUUCAGAGGGGAAAGACGGCCCGUCAUAGAGUAGAUCUCCUUCAAAUCAACUCCUCAAGAUGCUAAGUAACAACCAUCUGUUUUAGAGACCUCUUUCCAAGCUUGCCUUCACCCCAUUAAUUUUCCAUCUGAAAGCUUUUUUUCCACCUUAGUCGAGCUAGAGAGGUCAAUGUGAGUAGAGCUGUCUUCUUCCUUCAUUGCAUAGUGAUUGUGGAUGCAUAUGCGCAUGAGGAUCUGUAUUCCCCAUCCAGGACGGGCCAAGAUAUGCUUCUGCCUGAGGCAGUAGGGCAAAUGCUUUCCUCCAUCCCAACCCCAGGUAAACGUGAAAGAAUGCCCAAGAGAGAUCAAAUCACAUAAUUUGGCACCUGCAGCAGACAAUUCAACAAGCCCUUUCUUCUCCCCAACUUUUUCCAGAAAGUAAAAAAAAAAAAAAAAAAGGAAUGACAGCAUGUACGUUUUCUGUUUAUGGUGAUACUGUAGUCACAGUCUUCCUAAUAGCCAUUCCCAUUAAAACAUUCUUUGAGGUUAUAUCAAACUGGUGGGAUCAAUUUUUGACUAGAAGAGAGGAAUGUAGGCUUCACAGAAUCAUAGUUAGAAGAGACCACAUGGAAAUACCUACUGUUUUGCCUAUUUGCCUCCAAAUGCAAUGGACUAUGGGGUAUGGAUUUUACAUAAUUUUAUUUCAGUAUAAAAUGAAGUGUACAAUCCUAUCCCAUUUAAGACAUUUCUUUCCUUCCAAAGUCAGAGUGAACAAGUGGAUCCUAAGCCCUCCACCAAUAACUUUCCCAUAGGAACAGAGAUGAGGUGGGUUGCUUUGAGUUUUCCAGGCUGUAUGGCCAUGUUCCGGAAGCAUUCUCUCCUGACAUUUCACCCACAUCUAUGGCAGGCAUGCUUAGAGGUUGUGAGGUUUGUUGGAAAUUAGGCAAGUGGGAGUUCUUGUAUGUUUUCCGGGCUGUAUGGCCAUGUUCCAGAAGUAUUCUCUCCUGACAUUUCGCCCACAUCUAUGGCAGGCAUCCUCACAUCUAUGGCAGACAACCUCGCCAUAGAUGUGGGCAAAACGUCAGGAGAGAAUACUUCUGGAACAUGGCCAUACAGCCCAGAAAACAUACAACAACCCUGUGAUCCCGGCCAAGAAAGCCUUCGAUAACACAUAGGCGAGUGGGGUUUAUAUAUUUGUGAAAUGUCCAGGGUGGGAGAAAGAACUCUGUGUCUGUUGGAGGCACGUAUGAAUGUUGCAAUUGAGCACCUUGAUUAGCACUGAAUAGCCUUGCCGCUUCAAAGCUUGGUUGCUUCCUGCAGCUAAUCACCUCCCAACAAAGGAUUCCCCCAGGCAGGAAGCAGCCAAACUCUGAAGCUGCAAGGCUAUUCAAUGCUAAUCAAGGCGAUCAAUUGCAACUUUCACACUUGCCUCAGAUGUCCCACCCUGGACCUUCCACAGAUAUAUAAGCCCCACUUGCCUAGUUUCCAACAAACUUCACAACCUCUGAGGAUGCCUGCCACAGAUGUGGGUGAAAUGUCAGAACAAAAUGCUUCUGGAACAUGGCAUGCAGCCCGGAAAACUCACAGCAACCCUGUGAUUCCGGCCACGAAAGCCUUCGACAACACAGAUAUGAGGUGACAAAACAUAGAAGAAGGAAAGUCAACGGAUGUAGGUCCUUUGUUGUUUUUGGUUUGAUGGCAGGAACUCAACAAAAUAUUGAACAUGUGAGGUAUUUGUUUAAAUACAGAGCACUCCAUUAUGAGUAGUGAUAUAUAUAAGACUUCUGCAGUAAAGUCAAAAGUAAGUCAGGAACUAUGCAGAUAUGUGAGACGUCUAAGCAUAGAGCACUCCACUACAAGCAACUUAAUUGCGUAUUUUCCCUUUAAGCAGCCCAGAGCAAGGCGUAUUACUCAAAUAUCACAGUCAAUAGAACCAAAAGCAGUGGCACCAAAAUCAAGACAACUUCCAAAUUUACAAAUGGCACACAUUGAAAGCUAAAUAGUCCUGCUGCAUUACAAAACAGCAGUGGCAUCUUCCACUGUCACUGCGUGGCCAAGCUUACAAACAUAUUGCUGUACUAUACAGUUGUGGCUCUGGCAGGGAAAAAAGAGAGAGAAAUGUCUACAGCUUGAUUUGAAAACAAGGUGUAUCCAGAACUUCUGGAACCUGGGAUUUUUGCAUGAAAAGCAUGCACUUUAUCUCCCAUGGUUUGCUCGUCUCCUUGUGUAAACUAGAACUCUCCUCCAUUUGUGUAUGCACCUGAGCAUGCAAGGGCUAACACGUGAUGUUUUUUGUAUUGUUAAAUAAAAUCUGAGAGCGAUUCUAGCUUGCAUGUUAUAUAGGGCUGUCAUCCAAUUUAAAACCCCCCCACACAUAUCUGACUAUUAACAUGAAUCUGAUCUGAGUAGUCAAUCAUCUUAAUUUGCAUAUGAUUUAAAACCAUUAUAUUAAAGCAAACGCCUUCCUUAAUUUAAGUCUUUAAAACAUUGUUCAGGCUAUAAAUAUAUAGCACUGAUUCAGAUUUCGCGGCUAUGGCUGCAUCCUGGAGGAUUUGGGGGUUUGAGGUUAGGUGCGAGUUCUCAUGAUAUGAGUUUGAAAUACCCUUCUUAAAGUGCAAAUCCUGGGAUUUCAUAGGAUAAAGCUAUGGCAAUUAAAGUGGAAUCAUGGGGGUGUACCUGUGUCAUGUGAAACAGCUUUUUGAGACAUAGGGUGUAUCUAUAAUGUCAAAUUAAUGCAGUUUGACACCCCUUUAACUGCCAUGGCUCAAUGCUAUGGGAUCCUGAGGGUUGUAGUUUGGUGAGACACAGCAUUAGUUAAUAGAGAAGACAUUGCCUAACUCCCAUGAUUACAUCGCAUUGGGUCAUGGCAUUUAAAGUGGUGUCGAACUGCAUUAAUUCAACAGUGUAUCUGCACCAGUACAAACACCUGUACACAGGAAUAGAUUGAUUUAAUCAUUCUUUCCUGUCUAUUGAGAUGUAGGCAACACUGGGGGAUGAUGGGGGUGAUGUUUUUCUAUAUCUCAAAAGCCUUCAUUGAGAUAACUACUGUACUACCUCUAAUUACAGUAGGAAAACAGUGACUUUAGAACUAGGAAAGAUUUUUUUUCACUGUAGAGCAGUAGUUCCCAACUUUUGGGCCUCCAGGUGUUUUGGACUUCAACUCCCAGAAAUCCCAGCCAGUUUGCCAGCUAUUAGGAAGUGUGGGAGAUGAAGUCCAAAACACCUGGAGGUCCAAAGGUUGGGAACCACUGCUAUAGGGGAAUUGAGUGGGAUCCCUCCACCUUUAAAAUUCCCUCAACCUGAACUUCUUUUAUCACCACCAAACUUUCCAUCCAUCCCACAACUUACUGCAACAUCAUAUUUUUAACAUUUCACAGAUGAAGAUCGGAACGUGUUUGGACAAGCAACACCAGAGUAUUGUCAAGAUGGCCAAAAUUAUGAAUGAGGAAGAACAGACAAGCUAGGACAGACUACAGCAGUUGGCUGUGGCUUGCUUUUGUAUUUUGAAAAGUUUGCAGUAAUCGAAGUAAGCCAAUGACAAAAGGGGAGAGUAGAAGGAGAAGAGUGAAACUGGGACAUUUUAAAGGUAGCUCAAAAGAUGGGAUGAUGGAGAAUUAAUUGGGAGCACUCCUGCCAAUUUGGGACAAUUGGAGGGGAUGGGUCAGGCUGUUCAGUUUGCUCCAGCCAAACGACAGAAUUCUUAUGUUGUACUCUAUGGAUCUGAAGUGAACUGUAGUCCAGGAAAACCCAUGCUGAAAUAAAUUUCAUCUUAACAGUU